UUUUUUUUUUUUUUUUUUUUUUUUUUUUUUGUCUCACAGUAAUUUCUAGUGUUUGAAAUUAGAGAGGAUCCUAGAAGUCUAUAGAACCUUCCUUUCCCUCCGUUGCGCAUCUGAUUCUUCUCAACAACAACAAACCCCUUCCUCUUCGUAAAAGUAUAUAUAUAUAUAUAUAGAGAGAGAGAGAGAGAGAGAGAGAGAGAGAGAGAGAGAGAAAUCGAGAUCUUAGUAGUAGCGGUAGUAGGGGAAUUGGGGGAAUUGAGGGAAUUGAGGAGGGGGGAGGAGGAGAUGUGUAUUCCGGUGGUGUUGGUGUGCGACGAGGAGGAGAGGGUGGUGGGGGCGCCGCAGCAGGCGCCGGGGAGCUGCCCGUUCUGCGGAGGCGGCGUCGUCGCCGCCGACGUCGAGAGCGCCUGCAGGUUCUGCUUCCUCCUCCCCAUCUGCUUCAGGACCAAGCGCAGGUUCCACUGCUCCUCCUGCUCCCGCCCCCUCGUCCCCUUCUCCACCCCUAAUUUCCCUGCUUACUAUUAUUAGC